AUGGCCAACCAAAUCCAGUCCCCCGUCGUGGAUGCAUCAGGAAAAACAAGGCUACGUGAGUCUUUAGAGCGUGCGAGAAGAGGCCAAGGGCCCAGUGUUGGCCAAUGGCUGGAGUUUCCAGGCUACUCUCUGGCGAGGACGGUAGCACCGUUGGGUGAGGAUUGGGUUCUGAUAGAUACCGAGCAUGGUAACAUUGAUGAUAGUCAGAUGUAUCUCCAAGUUGGUGCGAUCUCAUCCUCGGGAGUUUCUCCAAUUGUGCGAAUACCAGCUUCAGAACAUUGGAUGAUGAAAAGAGCUUUGGACUGUGGAGCGCAUGCGAUCAUGGUACCAAUGUGUGAGACCAAGGAGCAAGCUGAAGCUAUCGUUCGUGCUUGCAAGUAUCCCUCUUCCCGCUGGCCACAAGGUCUUCGAGGCGCAGGGGCUAUGUUUGCCCCCGCAGCUUUCAACCAAACCGGUCGAGAGUAUCUUCUUACCGCCAACGACAACGUCAUGGUGUGUGUACAAAUCGAGAGCCGAAAGGCCGUAGAAAAUGUUGAGGAGAUCGCGUCCGUCGAUGGUAUCGACAUGUUGUUCAUCGGACCCAACGACCUUGCUUCAUCGAUGGGAUACGUAGCAUUUGACCAUGCCUCAACACCCGAAGUUCAGGAAGCAUCAGCCCGCGUGCUUGGAGCUGGACUUAACGCUGGCAAAUACGUCGGUCAUUUUGCACUUAGUGCUGAAGCUGCGGCAGCGAAGUUUGAGCAAGGGUUUCACUUUGUUAACUGCGGAGCCGAUAUCGUUGCCAUCACAGCUUGGAUGUCUGGGGAAAUGGCCAAGCUUAAGGGCUUGGUGUCGACUUUGGGAAGGGACACAAGCGAGGUUAAACAAACAGCUGAUGGAAACAAGGGUGCCGAGGAAUCAAAGGAUAGGAUGCAUCCUAUUAAGUUUGAUAUUGGCUAUAGCUAG